AUGAGGGCUGACCCUGGCUUCAUCGAUGGCAUCUUAGAGUGGACACAACAAGCUUAUCUCCUGACUCAUUCAGCCAUCCGACAUUGGGACUUUCCGGGUGUCAAAAGAUUUCGAGUUUGUGAUGUUGCGAUGCACAUCCGUGAUGCCCAUCGCUUUCGAUAUGACAUCUCUGGCGGCGGCUCCGGAUGCCGUUACUGGGUGCGGGUGAUCGUAUCCAACAUGACCAAGAAGGGCCGGAUCGCAUCGACCUCGGCCAACAGUUUGUGGCCUGAUCUGCUCUAUCGUUACCACACAAUUCAAAACCGCAAACCGCCGUCGAUGGUGCAAGGCACAUUUCACUGA